CUUAUCUCCCACCAACCGGAGGCAUUUUGCUGUGGAGCGUGACCGGAGGAGGCGGGAGCUAAGCCCCGGCGCCUUCUCCUUGCUUCUUGGGGUCGUGGCCUUGCUCCCGCCGUGCAAGGUAAGCGUCCGGGUACGUCCACGCGCGUGGGUGCGCGUGUGGCCUGGAGCGCUCGUGGGUCCGCGCCAGGACUCCGCGGGGACAGAAGCAGCCAUGGGCGGAACCUCCAGCACCCGCCGGGUCACCUUCGAGGCGGACGAGAAUGAGAACAUCACCGUGGUGAAGGGCAUCCGGCUUUCGGAAAAUGUGAUCGAUCGUAUGAAGGAAACCUCUCCAUCAGGCUCGAAGUCUCAGCGGUAUUCUGGUAUUUAUGGUGCCUCAGUUUCUGAUGAAGAACUGAAAAGAAGAGUAGCUGAGGAGCUGGCACUGGAGCAAGCCAAGAAAGAAUCUGAAACUCAGAAACGACUAAAGCAAAGCAAAGAACUGGACAGAGAGAGGGCCCUUGCCAAUGAGCAGCUGACCAGAGCUAUUCUCCGAGAGAGGAUAUCCAGUGAGGAGGACCGCACUAAGGCAAAGCGCCUGGCUAAGCUGCUGGAAGAGAAAGAUCGAGUGAUAAAGAGGCAGGAUGCGUUCUACAAAGAGCAGCUGGCUAGACUGGAGGAGAGGAGCUCAGAGUUCUACAAAGUCACCACUGAGCAAUAUCAGAAAGCUGCCGAGGAGGUGGAAGCCAAGUUCAAGCGGUAUGAGGUUCAUCCAGUCUGUGCGGACCUGCAGGCCAAGAUCCUCCAGUGUUACCGGCAGAACGCCCAGCAGACGCUCAGCUGCUCUGCGCUGGCCAACCAGUACCUGCGCUGCGUCAACCAGGCCAAACAGAGCAAGAUGGAGAAGGGAGGGUAAAGCCAACUUCCAGAACACGCAAAACUCCUUCCACGUUAAUUCCAGAGGGGGAACAUUCUUUUUUUCCUAAGAAAGCAACCUAUUUAAAGAGAAGACCGCCGUAGAGAAGCACGGGAGAGCGGAGCGACAGAAGCCCACCGCAGUUUCAUCAGCGACGACUGGCAAGCCGGGGCCUAGGUCAGGUCGGCCGCGGGGGACACGCUGCGGUGCUGGUAACCCACCUGUGGCGGCAAAGGGAAGGCAGCCCUCUCCACCCUCCGUGCUUUCUGCCCAACUUUCUGUCCUAGCUGAGCCCCAUCUUUGGUGACCCUCCGCUCCGCAGAGCCCGGGGGGAUCAGGGAUCAGGGAGUUGGAGCGGGGAGGGGACAGGGCCGGACGCCUCCGUCUCAGGCCCGCAGUGCUGGGCCGAGUUGUCCAGACUGUGGCGAGUUGGGUUUCUAUUUCUUUCUCCCUUGACUAUGUAAGAGCUGUUUCAUUUUAACUUAUUAUGGCGAUCAUGUAAGGAAGAAGAUAAAAAGGAGAGAAAAUGUCCCUCUUACUGGAAUAAUGUUUAUGAUUACAAGUGAAAUAAGGCAUUUUUUAUCAACAUAAAGGCAACCUCGGCUUAUACAACCGCUUCUCUAUCAUGAAUUCUGACACCUCGACUUCACUCUCUCUCAAUAAUAAAUAUAUUUUCUGACGAAGACUGGCAUUGUA